GUGCACUCUCGUAAGCUUGUUAGAUCGUCAUGGUGCAACAAAUCAUUCUUACUUGCUUGCCAGUUUUCAAUGGUCUGCUUGCAAGUGCUCUCUCGUUACACCGCUUGGACAAUCGCUUUUUAUUGAAAUAUCGACCGAUUUGUAUGUAUUGCUGCAUAAAGCUAAUGAUAAUAUCAUUAAAGUAAACCCUAAGUUACAGCCUUUCUUGAUUGAAUACACUAUUCGUGCAUCGUUAAAAUAUGCAACCCUUACGAAUGGCUCCCGCUGUUUUAAACUAUCUAAAAGCUCCUUGUCUGUUGUCAUUUCAAUUGUAGCAGAAAAAUAGACGGAAAAAAAUUUUGAAGAAAUAAUCAUGAAGUUGCUAGGCAAUUUUUUUCUUCCUUACUUUCAAGAUUGACUCAUGAUAAUUGAUAAGGUUAUAAUUUCACCCACAGAGGUCUAUGUCGAUAAUCGCCCCCUCUCGCGAGGGCACCAUGGCCAGCAGACUAACAAUCCAGGCAGUGGACUUGGGAGCAGAAGAUGAGGAUGACAAUCCUCUGUCCGUAGCCAUUGAGAUGGGCAACCUCAGGAUCGUAGAAAGAUGUUUGAAAGAUGGUUGGCCACUUCACCUCGAAAACAAGAUGGGGUACAACCCCCUUCAGCAGGCUGCCAGUGACGGAAACAUGGAAAUAGUUAGUUUCCUGGUGCGACGAGGAGCGGACCCCAACGCUCAGAACAAGUGGGGGUUGAACGCUCUGCACCGCGCGGCACAUAACGGCUUCUCUGACGUUGUCAUGUUUCUUUUAGAGAACAACGGAGACGUGACCUCUGUAAAUGACGGAGGAAACUCAGCCCUUCACUGGGCUGGCUACUUUGGACAUUAUCAAGUGUGCACCAUGUUGCUGACUGAGGGAGCUGACCCACUGCUGAAAAACAAGAAAGGGAUCACGCCUCUGGAACACGCUAAGAGCAGAAAGAAGUUGAAGUGUGAACGAAUUCUGAGGAGCUAUGCUGAGGGAAAGAUGAAGCCACGGAAGAAAAUCAGUAAGAAACCGAAGAAGUCAAAAGCAAUGAAACCUCUCACUGACGCAGAUCUAGCAAUCCCAGCUCCUGAAGAACCCGCUCAAGAAGGGAAGCCUCUUCCAACCCCAAUGACAUACUCUGAACCUACGUACACUGAGGUUAUCGAUCUGACAGUACAAGCUUCAGGAGAAUUCCCAGAAGUAGCUGUAGAAGGGACAUGUGAAGCCGGAGUAGGAGACGGAGACGUGCAAGAAGAGGAAGUAGUGAUGACAGACGAAACCAAAAUCACUGUCACGGAAGGGACCCCAGAAGUGACAAAGGAUGCAGGAGGACAAACAGAGGACGGAGCAACUAUUGUAGUGGCUCCAUUCGAACAAACUGAAGAAGAACAAACAUACAAGAAACUGGACAUCGGAGAUAUAGGAGAGAAACCCGACCCAUUGGACAUGGAGGAGCUAGCAGAGGAGCCCUCUCAGACGCUACUACCACUUCGACUAAAGAAGCAGCCCCACCAUUUCAACAACACCCCAAGGCUCACCCCUCGGAUGAAGAUGUUCACCCCAAUGAAAGGUGGAACUCCAGCAGAUCUGUCCAGAGCCGGAAGCGGAAUGAGUAUUGCCAGUGUUGCCAGUGACAGAACCGUUGCCUACAGAAACGUGGACCACAAGGGAGACAAACUGUACUCCAAACAUGAGAUCACCAAGCAGUACAAGGGAGAUUAUCAGACUAUGGUCCUGGAGCUCACUGCUCUCAAGGCUGAGAACAUGCAGCUCGUCAAAGAGGGAGAGGUUUUGGCGAAUGAAAUUCAGAGGUUGAACAUUCAGUGGAAGACAGUUCGUCACGAGAACGAAACAGUAAAGUACACAGUUAAGGAAGUCAUGAAAGAGAACGAAGACCUCAAGGAAUCAAUGUCUACCAUGACUCUCAAAAUGAACAAAAUGAACGUCGACAUCGACCGAUUACUUGCGGAUAACACUCGACUCUCAAAAGAAAACAAGAAACUAAACCAGGACCUGAUGAAGGAAUUGCAUUUCUACAAAGCAAAACAUCUUGAGGAGAAGCAGCGGGCAGAGAGCCUGGCCAUAUCUCUCACAGAACAAAAGAGAAUAGCCAUAGACCUAGAAGAACAGCUUUCGCUGCCACCAGAGCAAAGGCAAAAGAUAAAGGAAGACUGCAAGUACAAGGAUACGGUACUGGAUUUCAUCUCCUCACUGAACAUCCCGGAUUCCUUUAAAGUCCCCAAGUUCACCAAAUGUUUCUGCACGGACUGUUGUCCAGAUCCACAUCUUGAAUACAGGGGUCAGCCUCUCACCAUGUACGCAGUACCUCAAAACUACGUCAGGUUUGGAGUAGCAACAGAUCCGCGAGUGAUCGAGCACAACGCAGUGUUCGACAAGUACCACGUGUCCUUCUGCCCAGUCCACCCGGCCACAAUCAGGGACAGCAUAUCUGGCGGAAUACUCCUCCCCGGUUCUACAACUCCGGACGGCGAAAAAAUCCCUCUCACUCCCUUCAACGAGGGUAGAUUCUCCAUCGUGCCGGACGACCCCAAACCGCACAAAAACCCGCACAGCAACCACUUCCGAGCGGAGUUCAGACAUCCUGAGAAGUGCAUGUGCGGUUCCUGCCAGGACUUCCUACCAACUAACUUCUUCUUCACCUCACCGACUAUCAAGUACAUUGAGCACCCCAACUACAGGCCCUACUGGGUCAAGUACCAGGGAAAAAUGGUGCGAUGUGCGUUCCAGGUACGACAGAAACAAGACGCUUACAACAUCUUGUGGAGGACGACUGACAAGAUGAUCUGCUCCUCCAAGCUCAUAGACCCCUUCUUUAGGAACGAUGAGCUGGAGUACUUCUCAGCAGAUGCCAGAAACUUUGUUAUAACAGGGCUUUGUGUCAGCAUCACGGACCUGCCUAAAGCUACACCAGCGAAAGCCCUACCUCCAGCAGGAGAACCUGCUUCAGAGGAGAAGGAGGAGGAAUAAUUUGGUGAAGUCAUCUGGACAGACAUACUGUCUAAACUGCUAGACGGAUCUAGAAGGAUCCAAUAGUAGAUUGCGACAUGACUGUCGUGAUAAUUGAGUAGCAAAAGACGUGGAGAAAGGAUUGUUAGAAAGACUUGAAAACGAUUCAGAUUAGUGUGUCGUCAAGCUUAAAUUUAUGAUUGUUUAUAAGUUUAUAUUUAUGGAAUCGUAUCUUGUUUAUAAGAAAAUGAUUCAAACCAAAAAUGAAAUGUAUUAUUUAAUUCUUGAGCACAUUAUGUAGCAA